AUGGCAUCGAGUUCUGCAGUCGGGAAAGCACAAAUUCCAACAUCUGGCUCCGAUGCGGGGACACUGCCCCACCUGGUUGAUGCAAUCACUUUCACUGCUGGAUCUCCCCAUCCUCUCUUCGACGAUUCUACCGCUUCUGACGACGCUGCUAACAUAAUCCUGGCUGUUAUUGAGGGAGCCCUCACCACGAACAUCUUGCCCGACCUGCAAACAUGUGCUGACGCGCUUUCAUUAGCGCUAGUGGAGAGGCAGUUGGGCACGCUAAGCGACGAGGAGAAGGACAACAUCACGGGGGUGGUUGGUGAUCGCUUCGUGGAAUACGUUGCUCGGCGCAUUGAGCAUGCCUGUACCAGUGCCGCCGAAGGAGUCUUGCAGCAGGAUGACAUCGAGCAUCUCUCGAGGAACCUUUCUGAUAUGGUCGUUACUCGAGCAUUGCAUGCGCAGCCGCUUGUUGAUCGCAUCUCGUCCCAACACCUUCUUCCAGACCAUCGUCGCCGUAAUCUCGCUGCUCUUCGAGAGCUGCAGAGCGUACGCUCAAGCGUGUUUUCUCCCGGAUGGCGAGACUGGUUCCUUCAAGUUACGCCGAGCUCCUCGCCGCCUUCGAGACGCACGGGGACAUCUGAGGGACUCGCUCAUGCUCGUCUGUCGCCAAUUCAAGUAGAUAGGGUCUCGGCAGCGCCUGUCAUUUCUUCGCAUCCAAGUGUCCACUCAUCUGCGGUCAAAACAACUGUGCAACGAGUCGGAACUGAAUCUGUGGUUCCAAGCGCCGGAUCCACGGAGACGGUUACCGUGGAUGAGAGCCGGAGGAGACUGGCUCACAAAGAUGCCGAUAAGGCAGCUAAAGCAUUCAAGGGUGGACCCUACUCUGGUAUUGAUGAUCCUCGUGGCCUUUCUGGGUUUUGGCGGCAGCUGGAGAGCUUUGUUGUUCGCCGUGGUUGGCGUCUUGGUGGGCCGGAACAGUACUUUCUCCUCACUAGUCUUGUACCUGAGGAUGAGGCUAGAGAUGUCUUGGACGAGGAGGCACCAUUGACGCUCUUGGGUUAUGCGCAAGCCGUUGAUCGCAUACAUCAAACUUUGUUAGAGGAUAGUGGUGGUACUUUGGAGUCUGAAAAGUUGCUAUCCGAGACUGUGGUCCGUUCACCAAGCGAGUCGCUUACGAGCUUCAUUGCUAAGAUCGAUAGAUGGGCCAGGCGCUGCAAAAGCGCUGGUGUUGCUCUUUCUGAUGGACAUAUCAUUAAAGCUUACCGCAUCGGUAUUAACGACUCGUCAUGCAGGGAUGCUUCUUAUGAGUAUCCUAGCUCGUGGCGCGAGUUUCGCAUCAAAGCGAUGACGCGGGCAGCGCGAGUUGACAGCGAGCAGAAGAAGAGCGGUGAACCUGGGAGUUCAGGACGUCCGGAUCAAGCCAAAUCUGCAGCUCGUGAUAAGGGAGGUCAACAGCGUCUUCCAGUUGCUCAAGGAGGACAGAGGCCUCCCACCUCUCCGGGUAUCUGCCGACAGCAUCUUCGAGGGGCCUGCAGCUACGGAGAUCGAUGCAAGUUCUCUCAUGUAUCUGGACCGCGGGAGGAGUGUCGUCAAUGGCUGAACGGCAACUGUCGCUUUGGUGAUCGCUGUGUUCAUGCACACAACAAGAAGAGAUCGGAUAAUGCUAACGGCAAGAAAGCAACAGCUUUGAAGACGGUUCAGGAGGGCCCAUCCGAAGAAAAAGAAAUAGGCGAGAGGGCCGCUGAGGAGGAGCAGGUGCAAAUGUUGUGGGCGAUGCCGGACCUUAUGCCUUCUGCCGGUGGGGAUCGACAGCAGUAUGCCGGUCCUACUAUGCUAUUCGAGAUUGCUGGGGGGCAGCGUCCCUUGCAAGCUCUCUUGGAUUCGGGUGCGGUGCGCAAUUAUAUCUCUCAGGCCGUCGUUGAGGCUCGCGGAUGGAAGUGCUUCCCAUCUGAGGCUCUCGCGCGUCUCGCCGAUGGAUCUACACUCAGAGUGCGUGGAUCUGUGCGUGUUAUCGUUGUGUAUGAUGGCAUGGAAGUCCCACUGGACUUCCACAUUCUUCCACCCCGCGCUAACUCUGUUGCUGCUGAUGAUGCUUUGGACGAUCGUUGCAUCUUGGGUACUCGGUCUAUGUGCACGCUUGGCAUAAGCCUGCGGUUCUCGGAAGAAGGAGGGAAGCGCCGAGUCGUUAUUAGCAGACCGAUCACUCAUCAACGUUCGACUGUUGAUCAUCCUCGUCCAUCGGCAUCUCAAAGCAUCGUUGCUGAUUACGGGACAGUCAAUGUCAUCGACGAGGUCCUCACUGUGCGUUUUCAUCGAGAUGAUUCCUCUCUCUGUCAUGUGGCAGAAACGUCCGACCUAUUCCCAUCUAUGGCGGUGGAGCCGGACUGCGGCCAACCCCCCGAGCCUGUGGGUAAGCACCGUCCCUUUGAUGACUCCUGGUGUGCCGUUAGAGGUGCGCCGCAGUACGCGGUACGAUUGAGGCCAAUAGGCGGCGAUGAGGAGAAGGAUUGCCCUGACCAAACACAUGUUGCUGAAGUCCGCUGGCAGGUUACUACUGCGCCACCGGGGAGUAAAUUGCUGAGAUCACCAGCAGACUUCUCUAUUCCCCUUUACAAUCGCCUGAGCGAAGAGCAGAAGCGCACCUUUCGGCAAGAGAUCGCUAAGUUCACGGUACGUGGUUGGUGGUCGGAGAUAAGUCCUUCUGAUGCUGAACUGUCGACUACUAGAGAGGAGGAGGAGCAGUUGCCGGUGGCCAUCGCAUUCCCCGUGCCGCAAGGGGAGGCGAAGGUCCGCCCUUGCGUGGACGUGCGUCAAUGCAACCGGCAGUCUCCGAAUAGUUCUUAUGUUGGUGCCUCAUGUCCCGUCAUCCUCUCGCAGAUAAGAGUUGCCCUCGCGCAGAUCGCUGCCAAGGCGCGAACUCAUCCGCUGCUUCCGCUGCUGUCUCUUGAGACGAUGGACUGUAUGACGGCUUUUUAUCGUAUUCGACUCCAUCGUAAGUGCGCCCGCAUUCGCUGCUUGGGUCGAGUCUACACGGCUCGACGCCUCAUCUUUGGCCUGCGAUGUGGCCCUGCAGUCCUCGAAGAAGUACUACAUCGCCUUGUUCAAGCUGCUCGACAGAACCUCUCGAGCGAGGUGGUCGGGUCGUUGCCGCUAUAUCACUAUGUUUAUGUUGAUGAUUUGACAUUGCUAGGGGACCGUCAGGCAGUCACCGCCUUCAAAAACGAGUUGAUACGUGUCGGUGCGGCCUGGGGAUUCGAGUUCUCUGCUGCAAAGAUGCACUCUAUCCACUUCGACGCUGAAGGUCAUUGCAACCCUUUUGACGACUUCACUCACCUCGGAGUCCGAUUUGCUGGACAACCCACCACUACCAACUCCUGCGAGUUGCGUCUGCGCUGCGCACAUAUACCUCUGCCGGAAGUCCAGACCUUGGUGGCCGGCUCGAAACUGUCAAAACGCUGUGCUUUUAAGAUCGCCGGUGCUGCUUUCGAUGUGCUCUCUGUCCAUGGUGAACAGUCGCUAGCAGGCGACCUAGUCCGUCGAGUAUCUGGGCGUUGGAAGACAUCGUCUUGGGAUGAGUCCGUAGUGUUGGCUAAAGAUGAAGCGACCGCUCUCAACAUUGCGAUGAAGGUUCUGAGUGAUAAGCCUGCGGUCUGCGAUCAUGCUGUAUGCUUCCAUGCCGAGUAUGUCGACAUCUACGCGGACGCCAGUCCUACCGGUUUGGGAAUCGUGGCGCUGUUUAGUCGACGUGAUGAGCAACGACGUGAAGAUUCCCAAUCCUCUGGUCAUGCUUCCCAAGAUACUGUUCUGUAUCGCAGAGCGAAAAUGUGGAAGAAUGCACAAUAUAACUGGCACCAAAACCGUAAGGAAGCAUUCGCCUUAGCUGGGGCCUAUCUAUUCCUCAACUCCGUUGUUGCGUAUGUUUCGCCUUUGACGGUGCGGUUCUGGUCCGACUCCCAUACAGCCAUUUCGUGGGUCACUGGUGGGAGUAAGCUUACAUGUGAGUCGAUAGAGAGAGUGGCGAUCUCACGGCUGAUUGAUGCGAUGGCUGAUCUUCGCGAGAGCUGGCAUCGUCGUUACGGUCUAGUCCCCGUGACCUAUCAUCUCGCCGGUAAGAAGAACUCCUCAGCUGACGAGUUGAGUAGGCUCUCGGCGCUAUGGAAGAUCGUAGCAGCGUUAGGGGAUAUUUACGAGAAGAUGAGUGAUAAUCUCGGUGCGAAACUAUCGGCGACUAAAACCUUGGUGGCCGGCUCGAAACUGUCAAAACGCUGUGCUUUUAAAAUCGCCGGUGCUGCUUUCGAUGUGCUCUCUGUCCAUGGUGAACAGUCGCUAGCAGGCGACCUAGUCCGUCGAGUAUCUGGGCGUUGGAAGACAUCGUCUUGGGAUGAGUCCGUAGUGUUGGCUAAAGAUGAAGCGACCGCUCUCAACAUUGCGAUGAAGGUUCUGAGUGAUAAGCCUGCGGUCUGCGAUCAUGCUGUAUGCUUCCAUGCCGAGUAUGUCGACAUCUACGCGGACGCCAGUCCUACCGGUUUGGGAAUCGUGGCGCUGUUUAGUCGACGUGAUGAGCAACGACGUGAAGAUUCCCAAUCCUCUGGUCAUGCUUCCCAAGAUACUGUUCUGUAUCGCAGAGCGAAAAUGUGGAAGAAUGCACAAUAUAACUGGCACCAAAACCGUAAGGAAGCAUUCGCCUUAGCUGGGGCCUAUCUAUUCCUCAACUCCGUUGUUGCGUAUGUUUCGCCUUUGACGGUGCGGUUCUGGUCCGACUCCCAUACAGCCAUUUCGUGGGUCACUGGUGGGAGUAAGCUUACAUGUGAGUCGAUAGAGAGAGUGGCGAUCUCACGGCUGAUUGAUGCGAUGGCUGAUCUUCGCGAGAGCUGGCAUCGUCGUUACGGUCUAGUCCCCGUGACCUAUCAUCUCGCCGGUUCUCGAUGUAAGUCUGUCGUUUCCGAGAGGAAGCAACUCUGGAUCGUACCAGGCUCCCUGAAAUAUUGUGUUACGUAG